AUGCCACUCAGUCGACCUUCAAAAUCCAAGUGGAGUACCUUUUUCACUUGGUUCACACGAGACAUUCAAAGCCGACGAGGAUCUCAAAGCAGUACCUGCUCAGAGCUUUCUACACCUUCUACACCUCCACCUACAUUUGGACGGUCCAAGAAACGCUUGUUCUCCAACGAAAAGAAUUUGGAUAUUGAACCUGUAUACUCCCAUGUUUUUCUCCGUCGUCUGUCCAAACGAACUCCUAAUCCGAUUCCAGACACACCUCCACCCGAGACAGGACAUCUUGAUGACUUGUUUGCACUAGCCUUGGAUGAGAUUAACUAUGCAGAGGAUUCACGAGGAUCCCCGUAUUACUCUGGCGAUCGUAUCACUGCACGAGAGGCUAUUGAAGGCUAUACCCAUGCUUACACAGAUCUACUCAAACACACCGCAGAUCUUACAAUACGUUGUCUUUUAGAAUCCAAAACACGGCCAAGGAUUGCCCAGCUUCAAGAAAAAUACGACGCGCUACCCGAAGACACUCAUUAA